AUGGCUUAUAUAAUCAAUCAAGCACGAAUAAGACAGCGAUCUCUCGUUAUAACCCUUCUUGACCUCAAGAAUGCGUUUGGUGAAGUAAAUCACAAUUUAAUCCAAUCUGUUCUAGGCUAUCAUCACAUACCUCAACAUAUUCAACUCAUGAUUAAAAGCCUCUACACAAACUUUAAAACAUCAAUCAUCACAUCUGAUUUUAACACUCCAUUUGUAGAGGUAGGUCGUGGAGUUUUGCAGGGAGAUUGCCUCAGUCCAUUACUAUUUAAUCUAUGCUUUAAUACUUUUAUCCAGCACAUAAAAUCGGAGAAAUAUCAACAGUUUGGUUUUUCCUAUAAACUUCUCAACCCAAUUCAUUGGUUCCAGUUCGCUGACGACGCAGCCGUAAUAACCGGCCAAAAAUCUGAAAAUCAACACCUACUAAACCGUUUUGCAAUUUGGUGUCAAUGGUCAGACAUGAUUAUUCGAGUAGAUAAAUGUAGCACCUUUGGCAUCAAAAAAGCUCUUACCAAAUCAGUUCAAUACCUCCCUAAGUUAAUCAUUAACAAGUCUAUUAUUCCGGCUAUUGAAAGUGGAAAAUCAUUCUGCUAUUUAGGAAGGUACUUUAAUUACGAAAUGACAAAUAAUGAACAUAAAUCGGAAUUUGUAUCCCUAUUGACAGACCUAAUGAAAGAAAUAGAUCUGAAGCCAUUACAUCCGAGAAACAAGAUUCUCCUGUACAGUCGCUACGUUCUUUCAAAACUCUCAUGGCAUUUCAUUAUAACAUCAAUUAAGAAAACGUGGAUUUCUGAAAAAUUGGACUCAGUUUUCAAACAAUACAUUCGUAAAUGGCUUGAG